UGUCCCCUGUGGGGCGCGCGGGCUGGCGGAUCCCGGCUGCUGCGCGGCGGCAGCGGCGGCGGCCGCAGCGGCGAAGGCGGGCGGCGGCCUAGAGUGGUGGUGGCGGCGGCGGCAGCGACAGCGGCCCGGGAGCUCGCGCGGGAGCCCCAGCCAGCUUGCUGCGGAGGCCGGCGAGCACCCGGCGCUCCCAGGAGCACAGAGGAGAUGGCUGGCACCCGGGAACAAUAUGGGUGAAAGCCCAGCCUCUGCGGUUCUUAAUGCCUCAGCAGGAUUAUUUUCAUUAAAGAUGGAAACACUGGAGUCUGAAUUGACCUGUCCAAUCUGCCUCGAGUUGUUUGAAGACCCCCUUCUGCUCCCCUGUGCGCAUAGCCUGUGCUUCAGCUGUGCCCAUCGCAUCUUGGUCUCCAGCUGCAGCUCCGGCGAAUGCAUCGAACCCAUUACUGCGUUUCAGUGUCCUACAUGCAGGUAUGUUAUCUCUCUCAAUCACCGGGGCCUUGAUGGCCUCAAGAGGAAUGUGACCCUGCAGAACAUCAUUGAUCGCUUCCAGAAGGCUUCAGUCAGUGGGCCCAAUUCUCCAAGUGAGAGCCGUCGGGAGAGGACUUACAGGCCAAGCUCCGCCAUGUCUAGUGAGCGAAUUGCUUGCCAAUUCUGUGAGCAGGACCCUCCGAGAGAUGCUGUGAAGACAUGCAUCACCUGUGAGGUCUCCUACUGUGACCGCUGCCUUCGGGCCACACACCCCAACAAGAAACCCUUCACCAGCCAUCGCCUGGUGGAACCAGUUUCAGACACACAUCUUCGAGGGAUUACCUGUCUGGACCAUGAGAAUGAGAAAGUGAACAUGUACUGUGUAUCUGAUGACCAAUUGAUCUGUGCCUUAUGCAAACUGGUGGGUCGUCACCGAGACCAUCAGGUCGCUUCCCUGAAUGAUCGGUUUGAGAAACUAAAGCAAACUCUGGAGAUGAACCUCACCAACUUGGUUAAGCGCAACAGCGAACUAGAAAAUCAAAUGGCCAAACUAAUACAGAUCUGCCAGCAGGUUGAGGUGAAUACGGCUAUGCAUGAGGCAAAACUUAUGGAAGAAUGUGAUGAGUUGGUAGAGAUCAUCCAGCAGAGGAAGCAAAUGAUUGCUGUCAAAAUCAAAGAGACAAAGGUUAUGAAACUGAGAAAAUUGGCACAGCAGGUUGCUAAUUGCCGCCAGUGUCUUGAGCGGUCAACAGUCCUCAUCAACCAAGCUGAGCAUAUCCUGAAGGAAAAUGACCAAGCACGGUUUCUGCAAUCUGCAAGAAAUAUCGCUGAAAGGGUCGCUAUGGCAACUGCAUCUUCUCAAGUUCUGAUUCCAGACAUCAAUUUUAAUGAUGCUUUUGAAAACUUUGCUUUAGAUUUUUCUAGAGAAAAGAAACUAUUGGAGGGGCUAGACUACUUAACAGCCCCAAACCCACCAUCUAUCCGAGAAGAACUUUGUACCGCCUCCCAUGACACCAUUACAGUCCACUGGAUCUCGGACGAUGAGUUCAGCAUCAGCUCCUAUGAGCUUCAGUACACCAUAUUCACUGGCCAGGCUAACUUCAUCAGUAAGUCAUGGUGUAGUUGGGGCCUGUGGCCAGAGAUAAGGAAAUGUAAGGAAGCAGUAAGCUGCUCAAGACUGGCCGGUGCGCCACGAGGCCUGUAUAAUUCAGUGGAUAGCUGGAUGAUUGUGCCCAACAUUAAACAGAACCAUUACACAGUGCAUGGCCUCCAGAGUGGGACACGCUACAUCUUUAUUGUGAAAGCCAUAAAUCAAGCGGGCAGCCGGAACAGCGAACCCACCAGACUGAAAACGAACAGCCAACCCUUUAAACUAGAUCCCAAAAUGACUCACAAGAAGUUGAAGAUCUCCAAUGAUGGGUUGCAGAUGGAGAAGGACGAAAGCUCUCUGAAGAAAAGCCAUACCCCGGAGAGAUUUAGUGGAACGGGGUGUUAUGGGGCAGCAGGAAAUAUAUUCAUUGACAGUGGCUGCCACUACUGGGAGGUGGUCAUGGGUUCUUCAACAUGGUAUGCAAUUGGUAUUGCCUACAAAUCAGCCCCGAAGAAUGAGUGGAUUGGCAAGAAUGCCUCCUCCUGGGUCUUCUCGCGGUGCAAUAGUAACUUCGUGGUGCGGCAUAACAACAAGGAAAUGCUGGUGGAUGUGCCCCCACAGCUGAAGCGCCUCGGUGUCCUCUUGGAUUAUGACAACAACAUGCUGUCUUUCUAUGACCCGGCUAACUCUCUCCAUCUCCACACUUUCGAUGUGACCUUCAUUCUUCCAGUUUGUCCAACGUUCACAAUCUGGAACAAAUCCCUAAUGAUCCUGUCUGGCUUGCCUGCCCCAGAUUUUAUUGAUUAUCCUGAGCGGCAGGAAUGCAACUGCAGGCCUCAAGAAUCCCCCUAUGUGUCCGGGAUGAAAGCUUGCCAUUAAGUGUCAAGAGAGCAUGUAAUUCACUGGCUCUCCAGUUCUGCACUCUUCCCCUCUUAAGCCUCCAUUAGUGUUCCAUAUGAGAUACAAAAUAAAGUUCAUUGGAAGCACCCGUCCUAAAUAACUAGAUAUUGUAGAUUUAAUUUUUGUGCAUUAAAGCUUAUGUUUGAAUUUAUGUAUUGAGUUACUCAGAACAAAUUAUCUGAAUAGUCUGGGUUCAUGCCGCUGGGGAAGAAUUUUAGAGACUAUCUCUGUCAUCAUUGGAGAAUGAAAAUUUCCUGGGGAUCUGGGAGUAUAAAUGAUACUGGAAGGAAUUAGCCUUUCUAGCAGUGGCUAGUUUGACCAGGUAGAAUUUGCACAGUGUCUAAUUAUUGCAUAGUAUAUGCUAAUAAACUAACAAUCGAGGUGUUAUGAGAAUACCAUACAUGUGUAUAUAUAAUAUAUAAAAUGACUGAAUUCAUUUUAUGAGCAAAAUGACAUAGUUCAUUUUAUCUAUUACAUAUAUACAAUAAAUCUUCAUUUGCUCGUUUAAGUGAGAAACAUAUUGAGAAGGAAAAUAAAUUAUACUGUCCUUUCUUAUUCCCGAGAUGAAACAUCACAGUAGACUGACAUUGUUCUCUUCCUCCCUUUGUAGCCUUCCUUUCUCCCCUCUUGUCACACGUACAAACACAUGCGAUCACAACACAGGAAGUGAGAAGAGCUCUUGGUUAGAUUAGGAGAGAUCUGUGGACAAGAUGAUAUAAGAGAUGCGAAUGCUGCAUUGAAAAUUGACUCCAGUAGAAGUGUGCCAUGUAGCAUAAUUUCAUUAAUAUUAUUUAAGAGAGAUCUAUUUGAAUUAUUAAAAAUUGUCAUAGAAUAUUUCAAAGAAAUAUAGUUUUGUUACUCUCAAAUACAUAGUUAUUAGACUUAAGCUAAAAAAAAUAGAGUUCCUUAAUGGGGUUUCUUCAGAACUCGCCUUACUUGGUCAGUAAGAAUAGUGUUACAGGUUCAACAGCUCUAUGAAUACAAAUGCAUUUUCAGAUGGAGCACUCCUGAAAUGCUAUUUUCCUUGAUAGGAUCAAUACUCAUUCUUUUGUGAUUUUGUUUACGUUAUUCACUCGCUCAGCAUCCCCUUCAUGACAAAUAGCACAAAUCCCAUCCUACUUUUCACCAGACUAGUUAAAGGAAAUUGAGCUUCAUGGCCUGUGAUUUCAUCAAUUAUUUUGCAGAGAUUGGAAAUGCCAGAGAAAUAGAGUCUUCUCCCAGGAGCAAAGUCCACUCCUUGGUAGUCGUAAAGUGAUUACGGCUGUGUGACCGUAAAGUGACAGUAGUAGCCAUUACCUGGAUUGUGUGUAGCCUCGAUGCAGUGUCAAAUGUUUGCCCCUCUUUCUACCAACAUGGCAGAUUCUUAUUAAUUUGUUCAAUGAACUGUUAGAUGCCACACUACAACUGCAAGAGUGCACAUAUUACUAAAAUUCAGUCCUUGCUGCCAAAUGACUCACUCUUAUGCAUACGAGACAACAUACCACUGUAAAGCUCACCUAAUAACACUUAUGGAGUGUUUGCUAUCUACCAUGAAAAGCAAGAUCAGUGGCCAGACAAAAGGAAGGCUCAGAUUUACAAGUCAAGUGGCAAAGUCAGUUUCUUUGACUUUAAAUAUCAUAUGUACUUUAUGGCUCAUCAGGGAAUGGGCAACCUCGGUACAGCUCAGCAGUGCUGGUAACAAGCUCAUGGUAUUAGAAGGCUCUCAGACUUGAGAUUGAGAUAGUCCUAGCUUCUCUGCCAGUUAACUAGCAGUGUGACCUCAGGAAAGCACUUGUCUGAGCCUGUUUCCUCUUCUGUAAAAUGAUUCUAUUUUAUAAGGCUGGUGCGAAGGUUUAUAAAGGUAGUGUGUAUCAGUUGCCUAGCACGGCACCUGGCAUCCUCUAUGUGCGCCACCAACAUACCCAACACUAGUCAUUUGGUUUUUGUGCCCUUUUAAGUUUUAGUUCUAGGAACAAAGCUUUAUUCCCCAUUCUACUUUAGACUGCAGCCUGGGACUACCUUUCCCUCAGCUAACUAGUGUCCUCCCAAACUGGCAUAUGUGGCCCUCUGGGGCACUCCCCUGGCACACUGAGCACACCCUCUCAGCAAUAAUCACAUUGUAUGAUACUAUUUCUCAGAAUGUCAUUUUCAGAAGGCCAUCCUCAGAAGACCCAUUUUAGAACCACCCUCUGUGAUUUGUUCCUUGAAACAAUUGAUGCUUGGCUUGGCCCUUACUCCUGAUAUAUUUAAUUACAUUAUCUGGGAACAUAAAAAAAUACUUAGAUUUGUGACAAACGUCUCAGGUUAUUCUGAUUCACACAAAAGUUUAAUGUAUAAUAAUUCUCUUCCCGGCUAGAGUGGGAAUAGCUUGAGGGUAAAGACCGUGGCUUUUGUUGUUCCUGUAAUUUUAAGACCCAGCACAGUGUCUGGAACAAAGUAGUUGCCUGACUAAUGUUUGUUGAAAGAAUGUGUGAAUGAACAAAUGAAUAAUCAAAAUUGCUCUGUUUGACUGUAAUGUACGUUAGUGGUAUUUGUUAUUCUUGGGCAAGUUGGUUACUUCUUUAGUUUGUAUUGAUAUUAGUUUGUAAAUGUACAAAUGAACAUUGUUCCAAAUUGGCAGUUAUCAUGGAGAAUUGUCUUUGGAGCAUGUGGUACCAUUUUCCCAAUAGCAUUUCAUGUUUUCAUGAACUUCAAUGAACCGUAUUGUUCUUUGAAGGUAGAUUUAAGUUUUCAUUACAGGCAGAGUUAAGCCUACUGAAAUAGGCUACUGAAAUAUAAACUGGGAAAUUAAAUAGGGUUUGUGGUAAGCAAUGAAGCCUGACUCUGAAAUCCCAACUUCUGAGGCACGUAAUUGAAAUGCCUUCCAAGAAACAACGUGGUGACGAAUCACUCAGAGGGCUAUGAUGGGUCCCAGAUAUUUACUUCAGUAAACUUAAGGACUUUCAUAAAAUACUGGCAAUGGCAGGGACCAGAGGCUACCUCUAGCUAAAGCCAGUUGCACAAACAGAACAUGACCUACAUUUAACAUCAUAAGGAAAUGUGAUUCCAUAAACGUGGUCAUUGUUGCUUUACUUGAUCUAACUAUUCAGAACUUUUUCUCCUAGAGAAUUAUUUUCUGUCUGCAAUUUAUGCUUGUUUCCACUUUUUCUAUUGUCUUGUUGAAGAAAGCACAAAAUAAAGCUAAGCUUGUUUUGAGAAUACAGAAGAAAUUUUAAUGCCACAUUGAUGUUCUUGCUACUUGUAAGAGUAACUGCAUCUGGCUGUGUUAUUAUGUAAUUCCAUUGUGUGUCUUUGGAUGCAGUGAAGUUCAUAUUGCAACAAAAAUCACUUUUACAUGCUUUUCAGCUCAAGCAUUCUAGGUGAAUCCUCUCAGCUUCCAUGGUUUACAUAUUUGUAUAUGACUACCUGGAUGGAUCAAUUCAUGGAUGGACUUUUAAGUAAGCUCAGAUGCUGAAACUCCUUUCUUUCAAGGAAUGGAGAAUGUGAGGCAGGUAGACAUAAACCACUCCCACAAUUAUUUGUAGCUCCUGAAGCCAAUUCCAGCCUGAGAGCCACUGGGCUGUAUUUGGCUGUGCAUUACAAGUUGGUCAGACUUAUUGCCAUCAGGUCAGGCAAAACUGCCUUUUAUGGUGUGGUCUGCCAGCUUCAGAAAUAUGCUGUGUUAUUGUUAUUGGCUAGAAUAUUUAUUAGACUAUUGUUGGACUAUUUUUUAUCAAAUGCUUUACCCCAGGCUUGUUUGUACUGGGAGCUCUGGACGAAUAGUGUCUCUCCUAGUAACAGAAACAUGAGCAUCUGUGGAUUACACAGUCUCACCCCUCUCUAAAGAUCCCAACCCAUCCAAAAUGCUAUAUUAUGAAUUAAAUAAAUAUAUAUGUAUUCAUGA